UACGUGCGAGCCACACCUGACAGUGUACGUGUCCGAGCGUCCGCGAGUGAAAGCGAAUCCGAACGGGAAGAAACGAAGGUAAAAGGAGAGGCCGUGCCUAAACCGCGACGAUGGACUACUACGCGUGGAGCCGCAGGAAGCAGAUGGCCGAUGAGGAGAGGGAGCGCGAGCAUGCGCAUCCUAAGAAGCUGGUGGCGGCCAUUGCCGCGGAUCAGCCGCUACGGUGGGGUCUGGUCGGCGCCGGCUUGAUCAGCAGUGACUUCGCCGUCGCGCUCAGCGUCCUGAAGAGCGAGCUUCACCAGGUAGUGACGAUAGCGUCCAGUUCUCUGGAUAGAGGAAAGGAGUUUGCGAGGAUUCACAACAUUCCACAUUACUGCUCUUAUGAAGCGCUGGCCAACAAUAAGGACGUCGAUGUUGUUUACAUUGGCUCCAUUAACUCGGCCCACUACGACCAAAUCAAGAUGUUUCUGAAAGCCGGCAAACACGUUCUCUGUGAGAAGCCAAUGUGUCUGAACGUGAAACGAACCAAGGACGUCAUACACAUGGCUCACGAAAGGAACUUAUUCUUGAUGGAGGGAAUAUGGAGCCGAUUUUUCCCUAUUUAUACUCGCAUCAAGGAAGAGAUAAGGAAAGGAACCAUCGGUGACGUCAUGAGUGUCCAGGUAUCCAUGGGUUUCGCCGUACACGAACGCAACCGCACAAAAUUCCGCAAGUUCGGCGGUGGCGGCCUCUAUGAUUUUGGAAUAUACCCGAUUCAGUUCGCCAACUGGGUGCUAGGCAAGCCAGACAAAAUGACCUGUUCCGGUCAUCUCAGCGAAGAAGGCGUGGAUGAAUCAGCGUCUCUGACGUUGCUUUAUCCUCAGAGCAGAAUAGCCAGUGUGCUGCUGACGACCAAAUCCGACUUGCCGAACGAAGCCCAUAUCUUCGGAACAAAGGGCCAGAUAAAGUUGUGGCCUGUCUAUGCCCCCGUACACCUUGAGCUUCCAAGCGGCAUAGAGGAGCAUCCAGUACCAGCAACAACUAAGACAACCAAUUAUAUGAAUGCGACAGGAUUAGCAUACGAGGCACAAGCCGUGCGGAAGUGUCUCCUAGAGGGCAAAAUGCAGUGCAACCGAGUACCACACUCAGAGACGGAGCUGAUCGCCAAGCUGCUCCAUCAGUCGCGUCUCGAGCUUGGAGUGAAAUUCGACCAAGACAAAGACAAAGACAUCACCGCCCACCAUACGGAGGUUAUCGCCGAGUCCGUGUUUCCGUGAGGUGUAAGCAGCAAUGCAUGCGCCGAUGGUGGUCGUUUCGUCGACGAACGUGUAGCGGUUAUAUUAGUAGUACAUAGGGCGGUAAGCGACCAUACUGAUCUAUAUCAACCCCUUCCUUCUAGCAUUAGAAGGAACAUAUCGUAAUUGAAACAAAGGAAUUAUAUAAACUCGUUGAAUCUUACACAGCGCUA